GAGAUAAGUUAAUACGUGCGGCUUAAUCAUACUAUAUAUAAGUUGGACUUCAUUUAUUUUUGGAUUUGUUUAACUUACUGUAACAUAAGUGAUUAAAUAUAUAUAUAUAUUGGAUUAUUUCACUAAUUUUCUAAGCUAUUUGCAAACUUCCUAAACCAGAGUACUGUGAAGGAAAGGAUUUCAAGAAGCAAGAAACUUAGAAUAACAACAUGAUGGCUGUAGACACAGUGGGAUUUAUUCCGAUGUUUAUCUUGGUGCUGUUUGUGGUCACAGUGGCGGGACGGACACUUGAGUCAAACGUCUCUGGUGCGGAUCAAAUGCAAAAUGAUGGUGUUGUCAUUAAGGCUGAAGACGGUUUGCGGAAAUACAAUGGACCAGCAGUUCACCACUUCGCCAGGCACGGUCUGUGUAACCACAGUUUCGGCAAGGUCAGAUUCUUCAGGGCUCUCAAGAAGCACUUCCAUAACAUAUCAGAUGAUUUGAAAAUCGCAUUUAUCCUUGAUAUUUGUAAGAGACGAGAUCAGAUGCUGACAAAGUGGGUUCAGGAAAUUUUUGACAAAGACGGUGACGGAUACAUCAGCCAUUUUGAAAGGGAGAUCGACAGAUGAGUUUAUUACGACAGCGUUUGUCACACUUAAUGAAGAACAGAUAUGUAACACAUCCGUGUAACAGUAUAUCUGUACCGGACACGUUUUCGGGGAAAAACCUGUCUCCUUCCAAAGGGGAGUAAUCGGAUGUUUCAGUCGGACGGUUAUAAUGACAAUAUAGCGUGUCUCAAUCUUAAGUUCCUUUCAUAUUUUUUAUAAACUUCCCAAAUGUCCUGGGCAUAUUCUAUGAUACAAGGAGCUUUCUAGUUUCGAGAACAAAAAUGAAACGGAUAUAUGUUGAGAAAGCAACGAAAACCUCCCAGAAAUCCACCUUUGUGAUAUAAUGACAUUUCUAAAUAUUUCCAAGGUUUUCGAUACGUUACGUAAGCUUAUGUUAACGGUGAUCCUUAUGGACACAUCUACAGUCUGUGAUAGCCUUGUUUUCGGGGUAUUUGUGGAUUCAUUAGUUGACAAUGUUGUUGCUUUCAUUCUACAAACUUACCUUUUAUGUUUUACGCAGCCUCACAUGUACAUGUAUAGUUACUGCAUUGUCUAGUCAUGUUUGUUAAUGUUUUUGGUACUUUUUCCAGCCAUGUUAUUAUUUAUUCUAAUGCGCGUCCAAAAUAGAAAAAAAAAACAAGAUGGAUUGCGAAGUGAUACUUACAUUCAAUUUAAAAAAUCUGAUGUGUACAUUUUUUUUACAUGUAUGUUGAAAUAUAAUACAAGUUCAUAUGUUAUUUAAAACUAGUCAUUUGUAUGUAUAUUACCAUUUAUAUAAAUAAAGACGAUCCCAGUUCAACAGUUUAUACAUCAUUGGCCAAGUCCCUGAGACUUACCUCCAGAUGCAUAAAUCAACAUUGAGCAGAAACCCCAAGUUAUAAUACGACAUGGUCUAACAUUCAAUAUUAUUUG